UUGUUCCCUCACACUACUAACGCACCAGGCUAGGAAGACACUUGGGCGAGAUUGCAUGUUUUCGAUUUUCUUGCUCGUCCAGUAUCCUUUUCGGCCACCGGGUCUUGAUAAUGCCUGAGCACCUUCACACGUCUGGACAAAAUGCCCUGAGACUGUUCUCGCGAUCCCCACACCCCUACCAUCGUCCCAGUUCGCAGCUGUUGGAUCCAUCCUCCCACCUGUACGGAUCGUUGGACAACCACCACAACGCCAGACUAGCGGCUCACGGUGCCUCUAGAGAAGUUACUCCAAGCAGUGAUAGCGGCACCGAGGCUGACGAUGAACACUUCCUCCGAGGCUUACCUGCUCCUAGAAGGUUGCACAAAGGCUUGCGAGGGCGCAAUGAAGUGGUCUCGGGUGCCUCCACCCCGCUACCAUCACCCGCUAUUCUGGAGGAAGAAGGGCAAAGACUCCCGUUGAACCCGACAAGAGAGGCACAUUCGGGUCCCAAGUUACGAGGCCCCGACACGCUGCGCCGGAGGAAGGAGAUUAUUCGCCGCGUGAUAGAAUUGCUCGUUGUUGGGUUCCUCGGCCUUACCGUCCACGACAAUAUCCGUGCCCAGCUCAUGAUACGUAGGCGGCACCGAGAGCUCUGCGUCUGCGGAGGAGUCUACGCCGUUUUGGUGCUACUUUACCCCUUACGUCUUGUGAUGUGGGCAUACUGGCAUCGAACGCCUACGAGGAAGAUAGCUGUAUCGAUACCAGUAUCCUUCGAUACAGCACCGCUCCUCUAUCCACCGGCAAUCACCAUGCUUGUCUCCCUACUUCUCGCGGUCGAUAAUGAGGCAGUGUUCCUACCAAACAUAAUACUCACCAUCUGCUCCUUGCCGCCGAGUUUGGUUCCCACUAUUACACUUGACGAUGGAGGGUGCGACCCGUUGCAUUGGGCGCUGUCAUGCACGCCGUUACUCGUGGAUACAGGAUCUCGCCAGCCCAUCUUCGGGCGCGCUGAUCUCGGUGGUGGGGAGAGCUCUCGGACCAAUAUCUCGCUCGAAACCACGAUGCUCCUCUACCCGCUUCACCAUAGUCUUUGCUCGGUGCUGCGUACAUUGACUACAACCAGUCUCCUCACCGCGGAGCUCCAGCUGCUCUCUAUCUCCCUCAUUAACCUGAUGCUCUUUUCCUCCUCUCCGCAGGCCAUCAUUCUAAACUCGUUGCUUUGGGUUGGGGGCCUUGACAUCCUCGUUUCCUGUAGCCAGGUCAUCAAUUGGGGGAUCUCUUUAGCCCGUGUCCCCAAGUGGCGUUUCAAGAGGACGCCGGGAUCGCUGAAAGCAACUUCCGCACUAUUCUCCGCCGCUCUACCGUGGAAGAAGAAGGAGCGUGGUUUGCGCUAUACCCCGGCGGACGGUUCGCCUGGCAGAGCGUGCGCCCCGAUUGAUGAUCUUCAGCAGAGUGACGACCUCGAGAUAACUACGUUGGGCGGAUCUGGUAAUAUUAAUGCCAGCGGUACUCGCGACGCUGCCACCACAAAGACCCUUAAAUCAUCCCAGCGGCAUACCCUGCUCGGUGUAACAAAGGCACCGCCCAAAUCCUAUACGCAUACUCCAUCUGGCCGAAGGAGGCGAACCACUCCCGAUUCUGUCCGGGUGUUCUUCUCGCUCACGCAGAAGCAAGCGGCGGCCCGAAAAUGGUCUUAUGCUUUGUACGUUUACACCUGCGUUGCCGGGGCUGUCCUACUCCCAAUCCCUUUUAUCGGUGUCAAACGGGCGAUCAUGGAUGAAGCGCUCCAUGGCCGUGAACCCAUAGGAUGGGCACUGGGCUAUCUGUUGGGCGACUUGCAGUGGUUUCGGUGGGAGGUUGUAAGUCGUAACCUGGAGGGAUGGAUAUGCCUCCCUUCGAGGCCGGUCGAGCCAGGAUACUUACGUGGAACGGGUUGGGUCGACCAUCUUCGCCGAUUGUACCUUGGCGAGGCAAAUACUCGCCUUGCUCUGAGUGGAUAUUUCCUCAGCAUCAUUGUCACUGGGCUGAUAGUCGUCUUCCAGCUAUCACAGAUUUAUGAAGUGGACACCCGGCGAAAGGUGUUCCAUUUUAUGAUGGUAGCCAUGUUUUUACCAGCAACUUACAUAGAUCCGGCGUUCGCGGCCUUGGCGUUAUCUGGUGCACUCGCCUUCUUUCUUCUCCUAGACCUACUUCGAGCGAGCCAGCUUCCACCGGUAUCGAAGCCGCUGGCCUCUUUCCUUGCCCCUUACGUUGACGGGCGAGACCUCCGCGGCCCGGUCGUCAUCUCGCAUAUCUUUCUCCUUAUCGGGUGCGCCAUUCCGCUAUGGUUAUCGUUGGGCUCGAUCCCACGCACUGGCGUCGGCUGUCUCGAGGGCUGGGACGUACCCACGAGGGAAGUCGGAAUGGUAUCUGGUGUUAUAUGUGUUGGACUGGGUGAUGCAGCCGCCUCGUUAAUUGGAAGGCGCUACGGGAGGCGCAAAUGGCUAUGGGGUGGUGGCAAGAGUCUAGAAGGCAGCAUAGCCUUCGCAUGCGCAGUCUUCUUGGGUUUGGCCGUGGCGCGAGUUUGGCUACAUAUCGGAGGGUGGCCGCCAUCGAACGGCGUCUCUGAUGCGCCGGUGGCGGCGGCCCCGAAGAUGGGAGUCUGCGCUGUCACCGCCAGCCUCACGGAGGCGGUCUUAACUGGCGGUAAUGACAACGUUAUCGUGCCCGUGGCCCUGUGGAUUUGCCUGAAGAGCCUCGGUAUUUAAGGCCUAGGUCGGCAUGCAAAACUACGGCGGUUGGAACGAGGUCGUUUGUAUCCGCUUAGUCUGGGACGGAUAGAUAGCCGCUACGCGAGGCCGUAAAUUCCUUAAAUACCAAUAUGAGCGCUCACUGCCGUACACAGGAAGAUAUAUAACAUAAUGUAUGCUGAAUCAUGGGAAGUACGCCUGGUGGCUAGUAACAUAUUAGGGGGUCUCACUUAUAAUAAGAGCUAAAGAUGGCUUACCCGACCCAAGAGGAUUAUCC